AAGCUGAAGCUGUAGAAGACAACGUCGAGGAGGAGGAGGAAGAAGCCGUAGCGAAAAGAGAAGGAAGACGGGAAAGGAAAGGAAUCACCACCACCCACAGAAGGCAUGUCCAGCGAGGAAGAUAAACCACCGGCGCCGCCCGUGCGCCUCACCAGCAAUCGCGGUGGCGCUGGCAUAGAGCGUGUACCCCUCAUGGGCGGCGGCGGUGGCGGUGCCGGCGGCUGUGGUGAUGCGCCGUCUGUUGAUAUGCGACCAUUGCCCAAGGAGCCCGACGAUGCCGACCGAAAGAAGAAGACGCUGAAGAACAAGAUCAAAGGCUCGAAACCCUCGCACACUGACUCCAAGCCGAACAUCUCGUAUCCGACGAAUUUCGAGCAUACGGUGCAUGUGGGUUUCGAUCCCGUAACCGGAGAAUUUACGGGUAUGCCCGAGGCAUGGGCGCGUCUGCUGAUGAACUCGAACAUCAGCAAACAGGAGCAGAAGAAGAAUCCCCAGGCAGUGCUCGAUGUGCUCAAGUGGUUUGACAACACAACCAAACAGAGGCCAAGUUCCAAAUACAUGACAAAUGCCAUAACGACGCAUUCAGGCUCUUCACUAAGUCGCGUGAGCAGCAGCAGUCCCAGCAGCACGCCCACAGACUCGGAACUGCAUGGCUCCAACAGUGGCGGCAAUCUGAUUGGCGUCCAGCUGGGCAGCAUGACACUGGGACCCAAUGCCAACAAUGUGGCCGUGGCAGGACAAAUGCUGAGCAAUCACUACCAACAGCAGCAGCAGCAUAUUAUCCAGCAUCAGAAUCAACAAUUGCACCAGCAUAACCAGCAUCAACAGCAUCAGCAGCAUCAGCAUCACAUUGGCAUCAGUCAAUCGCAUUCAUACAAUUUUGGCGGCCACACGGCCUCCUCAUCCACAUCGCAACAUUCAUCUGCCAAUGAGGACGACAUGCUCGGGUCACCGCAUCAGCAGCAGCUGCAACAGGCCGCGCACCAGCCGCCACCUCCGCCAGUGGCAUCGCGACCCGAACGCACGAAAUCCAUUUACACGCGACCCAUUGAGGAACUGCAGCCAGCGCCAUCGCCGUCGCCCAUCAUAAUGCCAGCAGCACCGGCCACAACGCCCACAACACCACUGCAGAACCACAAGGUGAUCACGGCACCAUCGCCGCUGCAUCAUAAUAAUGUGACGACGACGCUGGACAAGAAUAAGAACAAUGCAACGUCUGGGGGCAACUCGACGCCAGCUUCAGCAUCAGCAUCGACAACAGAAACAACAACAGCAGAAACACAAGGCACUGAUGCAACAACAACAAGUGCAACUGCUACUAUUUUGUCUGCUACUAAUCCUAGUUGUACUACCAAUCCUACUACUACUUCUACCACUACUACUUCUGCUACUACUACGAUAUUGCAAGAGCAGUUUGCAGCCGAGUCAGCAGCAGCAGCAACAACAAUAGCAACAACUGCACCAACGACUAAUCACCAUUCUUCUGCUUCCUCCUUUUCAUCAUUUCCUUCAUUCCACGACGAUGAUACAACAACAACCAACAACGCCUUGCCAUCGAUCCAUUGUCCAACGCCGACAACAUCGAUGCUAUCCAUAUCUUCCGCUCGGAACUCGACGGUGGCCAUGCCCAUGCCGCCGCCUCCUACCACCAUAACGCCUGCCUCACCCACACCUGUCGCUGCCGACGACACCGAUGCCACCUGCCUGCACACAGACCUGUACAACGAUCCCUCAGUGGCGAUUGGGAACAACCUGAAUGCAACUGCAGUGGCAGCAGCAGCAGCAGGAGCUCCGACAGCGGCAGCUGGCAAUCAGAUUGCCGUCCCACAGGCAGCAGCGGCAGUCACGCCCAACACGCGGGCGGCCAAUGCCAAGAAGAAGAAGAUGUCCGAUGAGGAAAUCCUGGAGAAACUGCGCACCAUCGUCUCCGUUGGGGAUCCCAAUCGCAAAUACACGAAAAUGGAGAAGAUCGGCCAGGGCGCCUCGGGCACCGUGUACACGGCCAUCGAAUCCUCGACGGGCAUGGAGGUGGCCAUCAAACAGAUGAACCUCUCGCAGCAACCGAAGAAGGAGCUGAUCAUCAAUGAGAUUCUGGUGAUGCGAGAGAACAAGCAUCCGAAUGUCGUGAACUAUUUGGACAGCUAUCUGGUGUCCGAAGAGCUGUGGGUAGUGAUGGAGUAUCUGCCGGGUGGUUCGCUCACGGAUGUCGUCACUGAGACCUGCAUGGACGAGGGACAGAUUGCGGCCGUGUGUCGGGAGGUGCUGCAAGCCCUGGAGUUCCUGCAUGCCAAUCAGGUGAUCCAUCGUGACAUCAAAAGUGAUAAUAUAUUGCUUGGCCUGGAUGGUUCGGUCAAGCUGACUGAUUUCGGUUUCUGUGCGCAAAUCUCGCCGGAGCAAUCCAAACGCACAACGAUGGUGGGUACGCCGUACUGGAUGGCGCCCGAGGUGGUCACGCGGAAGCAGUAUGGUCCCAAGGUUGAUUUAUGGUCUUUGGGUAUCAUGGCCAUUGAAAUGGUUGAGGGCGAACCGCCAUAUUUGAAUGAGAAUCCGCUGAAAGCCUUGUACCUCAUUGCCACCAAUGGCAAGCCAGAGAUUAAAGAAAAAGACAAGCUGUCCGCAGCAUUUCAAGAUUUUCUCGAUCAGUGUCUGGAAGUGGAGGUGGAGCGCAGAGCCAGUGCAAUGGAUUUGCUAAAGCAUCCCUUCCUGAAGCUGGCACGUCCAUUGGCCAGUCUGACGCCUUUGAUUAUGGCCGCCAAAGAGGCCACAAAGGGCAACUGAUUGUCAACGAAGAAGAAAAAGCUUAUUUAACCAUUACUAAUGAAUUACUAUUGCAAAAAGCAGCAAGAAAUUCUUCAGCAACAACAACCACAAUAGCAAGAACAAGAACAAUAGCAAUAGCAACAGUAACUGAAAAUCGCAGAUGAUGAUGGAUUAUAAUCCAUCCAAUAAUUA